AUGGAGAACAGGACAGAAGUGGUGGACUUCAUCCUCCUAGGACUAACCAGUGCCCCAGAACUACAAGUGGCCCUCUUUAUCAUGAUCACCCUCAUCUACCUCAUCGAUGUGGUUGGUAACCUGGGGAUGAUCCUAUUGAUCCUCCUGGACUCCCGACUCCACACGCCCAUGUACUUUUUCCUUGGUAACCUGUCUCUGGCAGACUUCUGCUAUUCUUCAGCUGUCACCCCCACAGUCAUGGCUGGGCUCAUUUUAGGAAACUGCGUAAUUUCCUACAAUGCCUGUGCUGCUCAAGCGUUCUUGUUUGGAGCCUUUGCUGGUGUGGAAAAUUUAUUCUUGGCCGCAAUGGCCUUUGACCGCUAUGCUGCAGUAUGUAAGCCCCUGCACUACACCACCACCAUGACGACCAGUGUGUGUGUGUGUCUGGCUGCAGGCUGCUACGUCGGGGGUUUCCUGAAUGCCUCCGUCCACACUGGGGAAACGUUCAGUCUCUCCUUCUGUAAGUCCAACGUGGUCCACCACUUCUUCUGUGAUAUUCCAGCAGUCAUGUCUCUCUCUUGCUCUGAUAGACAUGUCAAUGAGCUGGUUCUUGUUUAUGUAGCCAGCUUCAUUAUCUUUUCUGCCCUCCUAGUUAUCUUGGUAUCCUACCUAUUCAUAUUUGUCACCAUUCUAAAGAUGCGCUCAGCUGCAGGAUACCAGAAGGCUCUGUCCACCUGUGCCUCCCACCUCACUGCUGUCUCCAUUUUCUAUGGGACAGUUAUCUUCAUGUACUUACAGCCCAGCUCCAGCCACUCCAUGGACACCGACAAGAUUGCCUCCGUCUUUUACACUAUGGUCAUCCCCAUGCUGAACCCUGUGGUCUACAGCCUCAGGAACAAGGAGGUCAAGAGUGCAUUCAAAAAAGUCAUUGGAAGUUCUCUCUUCACAUUGCAGAUACAAAGAGAUGGAAAAUACAUAGGAGAAUUUAAGAGACAGGCAAGGCGAAGUAAUGUCAGCAACAUGGUGAAGCAGUUAGACCCAGGGAACUCCCCAGAAACACCAAUAUAA